UAUAAAAGGCAUCAUGGCACUCGCUCUCUACUGCAGCCAGACUUAGCACACAGCUACUUGAACACUACUGACGACUUGUGGCAGUCAACCGUUGGUAAGGUUUGACACCCUCAUCAGCAGCAAGACUACGUCUGCUAUUGCCGCUCGUUGACGAUGACGACACUGAUGCCGCUUCUGUCUGUCACCGGCCUGGUGCUCCUCCUGCUGACCGCAGUUCCCACCUCCUGCAAUGGGUUGACACCGGGCAGCCAUCUUGCUCCCUUCUCUCUUGGCGACGUCAAAGAUGAAGAUACCAGCGCUCCUGGUGUCGUCAUCGACAACUCAGUCGAUGUGAAGGCUGAAGGUUUCGUCGAGAAAGACAAGAUAGCAGAUGAACUCACAGAAAGCGCACUGAAAGACGAUGUUUUACAGACCUUGGAGACGACAGGACUAAAUGCAGACAGCCAUGAUGGCCUCCCACCGUUGCAAAGCGUUGAGCGAGGCUCCAAAGUGACGUCAUCGAGAGCCGCACGACUUCGCCGGAACGUAAGUCGACUUCGUCCUUUCCUCGCGACAUUCACGCGGACUCACAUCACCAAUAAUGGCCUGUUUUCUACACAGCACUACUCCAAACGUGGAAACUACCAGACUGCCCUUCGCGACUACAGGUCCCUUUGUCCUUUUUGCUCUGGAAAUAUCGGAUCGUUUGGACAAUAUCUUAUUUCAGUCGAACCAGAUAUAUUGGGUAAUGGAUUAAUACAAAUCUAUCGUUCUGAAAACAACUAUGUUGAGUCUUUCCAUUAUUAUCCAAAUUACUAAAGAAUGUGAUAGAGGCGAACGACAAAAAAAAAACUAAAGAAUGUGAUUCAAGUUAUUCCUAGCUUUCCUUGCAACAUAGCUAACAACCUAACAUCUCAGAUAAUUAAUGAUACCGAGAACCUACUUUCAGGAGGUUUAAGGGUUCGGGGAACUGACCAAGUGUUUACAUGUACACAUUUCAAUAAUAAACGAGUUAGAAAAUUAAAAACAAUUUGAAAUUAUGUUUUAAAUAAUCUCUUACGAUGUAUCUUUCAGCGUGUUUUGGAAGAUAAAUGUUUUGCAUUAAGGAUAGUACUAGUCAGUUAUAAAGAAAAUGAACAACCAUGUUUAAAAGGUUUAGAGUAAGUUCCUCUCUAGGUGCACACAGUAAAUGUUUGUCUUUGAUUGCUUACUGUGGUCAGUUACUUCCAUAAUCUUGAUUCAACACAAUCCAUCAGCACAGCCAUGAAAUCCUACAGAAAAUAUCAAAUUUCUUCCUUACUGUUAAAUACAAUCACCGUUAAACUACAGAUAGGUCUUGACAGUAUUACUAAUAAUACUGCUUAUAUGCAUGUCAAAGUAAUGUUUAUUAUAAAAACAGAUUUUUGUCCCUUUAAAUGAAGAUGGAUUCCUAUUCCUUGAUUAAAACUGCAAUUAUAAUACAAUACAAUUAUAAUUGAAUGCUGGGCAGUCAUGUAUUUUUGUCCAUUUUUUAAUGAAUUUGCAUAGUCGCUUAAUAGAGGGGAGUCCUGGAGGCACAGGGAGGACAGCUUACCAUUAGAAGUAGGAGGCUGGUGGACAAUAGUUUCCCAGUAACAGGCAGAAAGAAGCCUCCUACACCUCCACUGAAUGCCUCGUGUGUCCAGUGCUGUAGUCAACGUGUGUGAUACACUUGCAAUGUUUGUACUUUCUACUUUUGUUGAAAUUGUGUGAAAUCACUUUGGCUCAUUUAUUCUGGAUGUCUUGCUUGAAGUCUGGAGUGUUUAAACUGUUAUAGAAAUUCAAAAUACUUGUUUCAUGCUUUUCUACCCACUACGGGCCUGACACCGGACACAGACUCGGUCAUGUGGACAGCCUCCAGGUACUCAGACGUGUACUCAUAUCAAACUGUACAGCAACAGCAGUAUUUUAUGUUUUUAAAAACAUUUCUUCAAUAAAAAAUUCCUUUCAUAAA